AUGGCACAAGUAAAUCCGAGCAUCGCGUUGAUUGAGCAGCUGUCGAAGCUUUCGACUCAGCUGGCAGAUGGCGACAAUACAGAGGCCAAGAACCAGGCGAUACAACUCAGUCGACAGCUUACCAGUAGCUUGUCUCAUCCUGCCAGUUCUGCCGUUGAGUUGGCUUUUGCGCCGUUCAUCACAGUAGCAGCUCGAAUUGCGAUUGGCAUGGGCUUGUUCAAGCUCAUUGCAGACAAUAAUGGGCCAAUCUCUUCGAAAGAGCUGGCGGAAAAGUCGGGUGGUGAAGAGCUGCUAAUAAUCCGCACGUUGCGACCUCUUGCCUCGGUCGGAGUCGUCAAGGAGGCGGGCGAGCGACAGUGGGAGCCAACACCAGUGACACACGCAAUGGCGACCGAAGAGAUUGCCGCAGGCCAUAGAAUGAUCGGCCAAAUGAUUGUCGGCGCGGCGCAAAAAGCACCCAAAUACCUGAAAGAAUACGGCUACCGGUGUCCCACCAAUCCCCGCGACGGCCUCAUGCAAUAUGCCUUUCAGACCAAGCUGACCACCUUUGAGCUGUUUAGCUCCAUCCCGCACGUUCUCAAAGACUUUAACCUCUUCAUGGGCAACACCAUGGGGGCGCGCAACUACUGGGUCGACUGGUAUCCCGUCGAGCAGCAGCUCUUGGACGGCGCGACGAACAAGGACGAGGCGCCGCUGCUCGUCGACGUCGGCGCCGGCAAGGGCCACGAUCUGCUUGCCUUUUAUGCAAAGUACCCCGGCAGAGGAAAGCUUGUGCUGCAAGAUUUGGGCUCUGUGACGGAGAGCGUCAAGGGCACGAUUGAUCCCGCGAUUGAGGUAAUGACCUAUGACUUUUUCACGGAACAGCCGAUUAAAGGCGCGCGUGCAUACUUUUACCACCACAUCUUGCACGACUGGUCCGACGAAAAAUGUCUCGAGAUUCUGGAACCUCUAAAAAAGUCCAUGAAGCCCAGAUAUUCCAAGCUUUUGCUUCACGAGAUGAUUGUGCCUGCAAAGGGCGCGUCCACGUUCCAUGCGAUGCUGGACAUGACCAUGAUGGCUUUUAAUGCGGGCAUGGAGCGGACCGAGAGUCAGUGGCGCGAGCUACUGGACAAGGCGGGAUUCGACGUGGUCAAGAUUUGGCUGCCGAUGCAGGAGGACGCCGACGGUAUUGUAGAGGCCAUGCUAAAGACGUAG